AUGGGGAAGAAAAAGCAGAAACUGAUACUGCCGCCGGAGCUUCCUCCGGAGAUUCCCGAUGAAGAAAUCGAAGUUUCCGACGAGGACUUGAAUUUCGUUAAGGAGAACGUAGACUACGUUGGUUUUGUUUCCAAUCUUGAUACUCAGUCCAUCACCAAGCAUGUUACACGAGUGGCCGAUGCGAAUGAGGGGGCUUUGGAAGCUCUGUACGAGAAAAAAUUGAGAAAGAAGUUGGAAAAUAAAGAGAAAGAGUCGACUGCACUGGAAGUCGAUCCCGUUGAUGCCCUUCCCGUGAAGACUUUGGAUGGGCAACUUUACUAUAGAAGAGUGGCAAAGGAGCCCAAGGAGAAUGAAGAGGAAGCAAAAGAAGGUGAAUCUAUUACUAAAGAUCCUUCUGUGGUGAAGUUAACAAAAGCAGAAAAACGUGCGAAACAAAAGAAAUUGAGAAAAGAGGCAAAGAAACAAGCAAAGGAGGAAGUGCAGCAAACGCCUCAGGCGGAAGUGCUGGAUGAAGUGAAAAAAGACCUGACAGAAGAAGAAGCCAAGGAGAAGAAGAAGUAUAAACUUGCUGAGUUGGGAACUUCACUACUUGCUGAUCCUGAAUCCAAUAUCAAGAAUAUAAAGGAGAUGCUGGAGAUUUCAAAAGAUGGAGAUAGUUCCAUCGUCAUACUGGGCCUCAAAUCCUUAUUGGCUGUUUUUAAAGACAUCAUUCCCGGAUGCCCGCCCCUCCUUCCCGGCACCCAAAAAGGCAAAACCCGGAAUUUUUGGCGGAACUACCAUCUCCCCGGCGCAGAAGAACCCCUCCCAACGGCGCAUCUCUCGCAAUAG